UCAGCGCUAGUCUUGACACGCCCCUCGAAUAUUCGUUUUCGGUGAUCGAAUGCGGGUCAGAGAGUAAACAGUUUCGAUAAAUUUUUCAUUGAUUUUGUAAUUUCGAUUGAUUGAUGCUCUGAUCGACGUUCGAAAAAUUUGUCAAUUGUUUAAAAUGACGGAACAACAGAUGGAUUGUGCAUUGGAUUUGAUGAGAAGACUGCCACCGCAGCAAAUUGAAAAGAAUUUAAGUGAUUUAAUAGAUUUAGUGCCAUCUCUGUGCGAAGAUCUAUUGUCUUCUGUUGAUCAACCUUUAAAAAUUGCAAAAGAUAAAGAAUCCGGAAGAGAUUAUUUACUGUGCGAUUAUAACAGAGAUGGAGAUUCCUAUAGAUCUCCUUGGAGCAAUACGUACGAUCCGCCACUGGAAGAUGGUUCGAUGCCUUCCGAGAGACUCAGAAAGCUAGAGAUCGACGCGAAUCACGCGUUCGAUCAGUACAGAGAACUUUAUUUCGAGGGCGGAGUUUCUUCUGUUUAUCUCUGGGAUUUGGAUCAUGGUUUUGCAGCAGUGAUUCUUAUUAAGAAGGCUGGAGAUGGUUCAAAGAGAAUUAAGGGCUGUUGGGAUUCGAUCCAUGUAGUGGAAGUCCAAGAAAAAUCUAAUGGAAGGACUGCGCAUUAUAAAUUAACUUCUACUGCGAUGCUUUGGUUACAGACUAAUAAGCAUGGAUCUGGAACAAUGAAUCUUGGAGGCAGCCUUACUAGACAAGCGGAACAAGAUGCUCAAAUAAGUGAGAGUUCUCCGCACAUUGCUAAUAUUGGACGUAUGGUCGAAGAUAUGGAAAAUAAAAUCCGAAACACCCUAAACGAGAUUUAUUUCGGCAAAACAAAAGAUAUCGUGAACGGAUUGAGGUCUGUCCAAUCUUUAGCCGAUCAGAGACAACAAGCUGCCCUCAGGCAGGAUCUAGCGGCCGCUCUUCAAAGGAGGAACGCUAAUAAUUGAUCCUGCGAGGAACAUCAACUUUCCUUCGAUUUUGAAGAGUGUCAAUAAAAAAAAAAACCAGAAAAUAUGAAACAGAUAAUCGUAAAUGAUGAAAUUAAGAUUCGAUUUGUUGCAGUCACUGUGACAAGAAUUUUCGGACGGUUUCCUGUGAUGCACAGGGUGCAAUGGUAAAGAUGAAUUUUUCCUGAAGUAUUAAAGAAUUAAAAAAAAAAAAAAAUGAAUAAUUGAUCAUCAAUUAUUAAUUAUGUCGAGUUUUCGAAUAAAAUAUUAAGAGACAUUACGAGUGCUGGGUUUUAUAUAUAGGAUGUGUUUAAAGGUAUGUAACACAUUGUAUCGAUGUAGUUUACUUGGAAGAUAAUCAGUUGACGAUAAUUUCAUAGAAUGUAUAUUUGUGUUCGAAAAUCUUUGUCCUUAAAUACAGGUAUAACAAAUUCACGUACUUAUAUGUCGUCUCAUUGUGCAAUCGUCUCUUGUAUUAUCAAUUUAAACAUACACGUAUCGAAUAUUAAUUUAAGAAAGCGUUGUUAUGACGUUUCCUUACAUUUUCAUACUUUUGAUGUAUCGUUUAUUAUUCGUUUUAUGAAUCGCUAUAUUCCUCGUUACUUCUAUAGAAAUUCGACCUAUGCGAACGUACAAAGCCUUCGUGAUAGUGCUUUAUGAAUCUUUUUUUUCUUUAUCAAAGUAAUAUGAUUUUGAUCAUCUAGUGUACAUACACGCCACGUCUAAGACUUAUAGUCAAUAAGUUACAAAAAACAUGUCUCGUAAUUGUACAAACGAGUCUAAUUUUUACAACGAAUAAAUUAGAUUAAAAAAAAAAAAGAAACAGUCAUCGGCACACAGACGCAUCUUCGUUUUUGUGUUACAUAUCUUUCGGCAUACUGCGUGAAUGCGUGUGUAUGUGUGUAUGAGUGCGCGCGCGCCCGGCGCUAGGUAUUAAGCGUGAGCACAAAUUAUAUAUAUACAUAUGUAUAUAUGUAAUGGCACUGGUAAUGUUUUUUUAACCAUUAAUAAUUAUUAAUAAUACAAAAUGUAAGAGUAUUAAUGUUUGAAAAUGUAGGAAUAUUAAAGAGAAUAUUUGCGAAUAAA